AAAUCUCUAUCGCCACUCUGAUUGUUAUGUACUCUUGUAGAUCCAUGCUACUACCUUUCAAGUGCAACUUGAGCUUGAAUCCAUCGAACACUUUUUUUCUUUUCGCUUUGAAACUCUACGCCUUUCAGUUAUAUCUACCGCUUAGCUACGGGAAUAGUCUGACGUCACCGGCCAGACAGCCCCUAACUCUUGAAAGCCGGAAUCUUCGCUAUCAAAUACAAACAUACACCCUUCCCCUCCAGCGAUCUGCCUGAAUUGGGAUCUUCCUGUCGCCCUGCUGCCUCCGACAUGCAAGUACCAUUCGACAAUGGUACGGACAGCAGUGAGAUUACUUUUAACCCUUUCGCUGAGGCCCACUCACCCGGGAUGACGACGCUUAUUGACGGAAAUUUCACUUCACCAGACCUCAGGCCGAAAUUGCGACGCGGUUCCCAUUCAGACUACACGACGGCGAGUACUAGCACUAGUGCCUCUGUCGUAUUUACCGACAAUAGACGGAAUGGACAUGUACGAGCACAGACCGAAGUCCCUACCACACAACAUCCGCUGAGAUACAGUGGUUCAAUGCCAGGGUCCAGCGACGGCAACAUUACUCGGCCCACGUUGACGCGCAGAGUGAAUGUUGGACCGUUGGUAGACGUCUCGGUGAAUGGUUCACAGAAAAACGUCCAGAGCGAGGUUGAGGAACCGGACCAGAAGGUGGUAUUGGUUCAUGAGGUUUCUGCUGAGGACUCAUUAGCAGGCGUAUCCCUAAAAUACGGGAUUAGUCUGGCGGAUUUACGGCGCUCAAAUCACUUGUGGACGUCUGAUUCGAUACAUCUGAGAAAGGUGCUCUACAUACCCCUUGAUAAAUGCUCUCGGCCUCAGGACUUCAUCACGAGCGGCGAACCGUCGGACACUCCGUUGAUGUCUGCUGCUUCGGAUGCCACUGAUACGAAUGGCUACAGACUAGACCUUACAACCCUAAAUCGUCACGCAACUGCCAAUGGUCAUGAUCCAAAUCCGAAACACCAUACCAUUACUGGUAGGUCACCCUCGCUGAAACUUCGCCGAGUUCCAAUUUCCCAAUUAUCAUUUUUCCCAUCUUCCGCCUCGAAACCAAAUCCCCCGAGCCGAUCAACGAAACUCCCUUCCAGAUCGAUUCCGUCUGGUACAUCUAUCCAUACCCGCUAUACCUCCUCUCCUUCUAAUUCCUUGGGUACACUACUAACGGCCCUCCCUAUUCCUGCAUCCACACGUGAUACCAUUAUUGCCAGGCUGUCUUCAGACAGCAGUACUAGUUCCAGCUACUCUGGUCGUGACGGAGAGGCUGAGGAUGGCGAGAGACUCGAAUUGGACGAUGUCCCCAUCGAGCGUAGACGAUAUGCCUCUGAAGACGGAAUUUCAUCAUAUUCACAAAUGACGCCUAGACCACCAUACCGAGCGACCGAUGGUAUCAACUCGUCGUCAUCCCCUUCUUCUUCCUCUAUGAGAACCAGAGGCGGAAUACCGAUGGAGGGCGUUAACGCCCGCAGCUACCAUCCGUUGCACAGUUCUACUGUUCAUGUCCGUAACGUUCAACUGGAGCCUUCGCCUGGAAUGCAGCUUCCCUUACAUGACGCAAAUUACCAACCAAAGUCUUCAGGCAGACCGAACAGUCGAGGGAAAGUCAGACGUCGUUUAGCUUCCGUAGACUUUGACGCCGAACCAGACGCAUUGAUAGAUAUAUGAUCAUUUGGGGUGUAAGUGAGCUUCUUGCUAUCGGAGGAUCUAAACUAUUUGCAUAUUUGCAUCUAUGUAAUACUAGCACAUUUGCAACCGGAAUCUUAUGGCGUUAAACGCUAGCACAUUUGAUGAACUUCACCACCCUCGUUUUGACCAAGGGGAAUCAAACUAGCAUUCCUGACUUAUUUGCCUGCGUGCACGUCGGCGCCGGCAUUUACUGGAGAACGUGGUGUUGCAAAAUUGUCCCUGGCAAUGUGGUGGCGUAGGCCACUGAAUAACCGACCGCUAUCUUCAGCCUUAGAGACUCCUC